AUGACUGCCGCAACAGGAGCUCUCGACGUGCUCAUCAUCGGAGCCGGCAUUGCCGGUCUUUCCGCUGCGAUUGCCCUUGGAAAGCAAGGUCACCGAGUGGUGAUUUUGGAGAAGUCCGGCUUUUUGAAAGAAGCUGGUGCGGCAAUUCACCUGCCCCCAAAUUGCACUGCACUGCUUCGUUGGAUGGAUAUUGACCCUACCGAUUUCGGAGGUACUUUGUUGAGACAGGAGUGGUACCUUGUCCACCGGGUUGACUUGCAUAAUCAUCUCAAGCAACGCGCACUGGAGACGGCGACGCUACACCUCCGCUGCAGGAUCGCUGAGGUUGACAUUGAGACAGCUCGCCCUUCUGUCACUUUAGCCGACGGUCGCACCUUCGAAGCCGAUCUUUUACUCGGCGCGGAUGGGCUGCAUUCUCAAAUACGGUCGACUAUAGCCCCUGGUGCCCCCGCACCAUACCCAGUCGGCAAGUCAUGCUUCCGGUGGCUUAUCCCAACGGAAGACCUGAAGCAGCAUGAGAGCACCGCAGACAUUGUGCGCGAUCCAGGUGUGUUCGUGGAAUGGGCGGCAGAAGAUAGACGCGUUGUUGCGUAUCCUUGCUCUGAUAACAAGGUAUUCAAUCUUUGUGCUUUCAUGCCAUCGGCAGAGGCAACCACUUCUUCCCAGAGUGAAGAAGGUCAGCCAGACCGGCAGGUCACUGGCGACAAGGCCAGUAUCGCCCAUGCCUUUUCAAAGUUCUCACCCGGCGUAAGAAAAAUCAUCGACAGCGCGGGUGACAAGCUUAAAGUGUGGGACCUGUACGAUAUGGAAGGACUUCCAACCUGGACUCACCAGCAUGCCGCCCUGGUGGGAGAUGCUGCUCACCCAUUCCAGCCAUACAUGGGUCAGGGAGGUGCAAUGGCCAUUGAGGAUGCCGUGAGUAUUGCGACUUUACUUCCUCUUGGGACUUCCUGCGACAAAAUCCCAACCCGCUUGGACAUGUAUCAGUCCUUGCGUCGGCCUCGAGUCGACCUUGUCCUUGAAUAUACGCGGCGCAAUGGAGAAGAUGACAAUGAUCGCACUAGCGCUCGGAUAACACCCACGGAGAUGGUGAAAUUCAUGGGUACAUGCUUCUCUUACAACGAGAUCGAGAGUUCAAACAAGAUGCUUCAGAUCCAUUAG